GUUUACAUGUGCACCGGUUGAACCAAAACUUCCGGGAGGAAAGAUUUUAUAUUUUUUGUCAUGACACGCUCUUUGUAAGAAUUGAUCAUGCUUUAAAAUGACCUCAAAUUUGUCUUUGUAUCCUGUUGGUAUAGAGGAGGAUAUCAUUAUACGAAUCAAUGACGUGAAUCCUCACAUCAUAUGUUCAUUAUGCUUUGGUUAUUUUAUUGAUGCAACAAGCAUUGUGGAAUGCCUUCAUACAUUUUGUAAAAAGUGUAUUGUGAAGCAUUUACAAGUGAGUAAACACUGUCCAACAUGUAAUAUCAAAGUACAUGAAACACAACCCCUGCUCAAUCUACGUGCGGAUAGAACCUUACAGGAUAUAGUGUAUAAACUGGUUCCUGGUUUAUUUGAGAAUGAGGAAGAAAGAAGAGAAGAGUUCUAUAAAUCUAGGGGCAUGCUUAUCAAGAAGAAAAGAGAAGGUGAAGAGAAUCUAGGACCAAAGCUUAGUACAGUGUUCACAAACCCAAAUGCUCACCAGUACAAAUAUGAUGAACAGAUCUGUCUUUGCCUGGAAAAACAUAGGUUUGUAUGA